UUUGAGUGUAUCCUCUCAAACCCGCCGCCCCUCCCCUUGUGAGAAACUCAAAAAAACAAAGAGAGGAGAGUAUUCGGGAGGGAAUUUGAAGGCUCCCCUUUGAUUUCUGAUUCAUUGCUCUCUCAUUCUCAUUACUGGGUCUUGUUUUUCCUGCUGAAUUCAACCAAAAAGUGAUCACAGUUAUAUAAAAGAAGAAGAUUUUAUUGAUACAUUCACUCACAUAACAAACCAAACACAAAGACAGUGGCUUUAGCUUGUGGUCAUUGUUAAGACCGUCAUUGGCGACAAGUACCAGAAGACAAUGAAAUACGUAUUGGUGACUGGUGGUGUUGUAAGUGGGCUCGGCAAAGGUGUUACUGCCAGUAGCAUUGGUCUCCUCCUUAAAGCCUGUGGCCUCCGUGUGACUUCUAUCAAGAUUGACCCUUAUCUUAACACUGAUGCGGGGACCAUGUCGCCUUUUGAGCAUGGGGAAGUCUUUGUGUUAGACGAUGGUGGCGAGGUGGAUUUGGACCUUGGUAACUAUGAGCGAUUCUUAGACAUCAAGUUAACUCGCGAUAACAAUGUCACAACUGGAAAAAUAUACCAGUCUGUGAUCGAUAAGGAAAGAAGAGGAGAUUACCUUGGCAAGACUGUGCAGGUAGUUCCACACAUUACCAAUGCCAUCCAAGAAUGGAUUGAACGUGUGGCAGUGAUACCAGUCGAUGGAAAAGAAGGCCCAGCUGAUGUUUGUGUAAUUGAAUUGGGUGGCACAAUUGGGGACAUUGAAUCUAUGCCUUUUAUAGAAGCACUCGGGCAAUUUUCUUACCGUGUAGGACCUGGAAAUUUCUGCUUAAUCCAUGUCAGCCUUGUGCCAGUUAUCAAUGUUGUUGGCGAACAGAAAACAAAGCCAACCCAACAUAGUGUUCGGGGGCUAAGAGGACUGGGGCUGACACCAAACAUCCUAGCUUGUCGUAGUUCAAAGGAACUUGAUGAGAAUGUUAAGUUGAAACUCUCUCAAUUUUGUCAUGUGCCGGCCGAGAACAUUGUUACCCUACAUGAUGUUCCAAACAUCUGGCACAUUCCUUUGCUAUUACGAGAUCAAAAGGCACAUGAAUCGAUCUUGAAAGAGCUGGACCUUCUAGGCAAUGCCAAAGAGCCAGAUUUGCAAGCAUGGACUGCUAGAACAAAAGUUUGUGACAUGCUGCAUGAAUCAGUCAGAAUUGCCAUGGUUGGAAAAUAUACAGGCCUUUCAGAUUCCUACCUUUCUGUCUUAAAGGCUCUUUUGCAUGCUUCAGUUGCUUGCCGCCGGAAGCUUAUUGUGGAUUGGAUUGCAGCCAGUGAUCUAGAAGAAGUUACUGCUCUAGAGGCUCCUGAAGUUCACAAUGCUGCAUGGAAUCUUUUGAAGGGAGCUGAUGGGGUCUUAGUACCAGGAGGAUUUGGCGAUAGAGGUGUACAAGGAAAAAUUCUUGCUGCAAAUUAUGCUCGUGAAAACAAAGUUCCAUUUCUGGGCAUUUGCUUGGGGAUGCAAAUUGCUGUCAUUGAGUUUGCCCGAUCUGUUCUUGGUUUGAAUGACGCAAACAGUACAGAGUUUGAUCCUGAAACUUCUAAUCCUUGUGUCAUAUUUAUGCCUGAGGGUUCAACAACGCAUAUGGGAGGAACCAUGCGUCUGGGAUCAAGGAGGACACAUUUUGAGGUUCCUGAUUGUAAAUCUGCAAAGUUGUAUGGGAAUGUCAGCUUUGUAGAUGAAAGGCAUAGACAUAGAUAUGAGGUCAAUCCUACAAUGAUAUCACAAUUUGAAGAUGCUGGAUUGUCAUUUGUAGGCAGAGAUGAAACUGGUCGGCGCAUGGAGAUUAUCGAAUUGCUUGAUCAUCCAUAUUUUGUGGGAGUUCAGUUUCAUCCGGAGUUCAAAUCUAGGCCAGGAAACCCUUCAGCUGUAUUUUUAGGACUCAUAGCAGCAGCGAGUGGGCAGCUAGAAGCUGUGUUAAAAAAUUACGGCCAGGUACGCAAGCCGUUGGGAAAUGAAUUGAGCAAUGGAAAAUUAACAGCAAAAACGUACCCAAAUGGAAAUGGUCUUAAGUCUUGCAAUGGCACCUUGAAUGGUGUGUAUAGCAAUGGAAAUGGCAAUGGUGUGCAAAGCAAUGGCAAUGGCAAUGGUGUGCAUUUUUAAUGAAGCACAAAGAGUUGGACAAUGAAAUGGUCUCUAGUUUUGCUAUAAGUCGUUUGGUUGUUUUCGGUUUUGUUUGUACAGAAGCUGAGAUCGUACGGUAAGGAGUGGGUAGUUUUUCGUUUCUGAAGUCUUAGGCAGAAGCUGGUCUAAGAAUGACAGCUUGUAAUCUUCAGUUUAUCAAUGGAACUUGGGGAUGUAAUACUGCAGUCACCACUCGAUGCAGUAGGGCUUUUAAGCUUGAAUUUUGCCUUUUUUUUGGUUGAGGAUUUUUUAGAAGCAUUAUACAAAUUAAUGCUGGUUGUAGUGAGUUCUAAAUGCUAAUUUGUUCAUUUCUCACCUUUAUAGAUGUUUCUUUUUGGCCUAAUAAUUCAGAAUAUCUAACUUUCUGCAA